AUGGCCGAUGUAUCUUUGGCAGUCGUCACUCGCGACGAAAUCAUCAGCUGCUUCAAAGAAAUGCCUCGGAAGCCAUGGACUUCAAAUCCAGCUUCACGCCACGUCACUCCUACUUCAGAACCUUCGUCAAUAUCGAGAAAUUUCACAGAUUCAGGAUACUCGUCUCCAGAUGAUCCUAUCGCGUCUCACACCCAAAAUAGAGUCCAAGACAGCAAGUUGCCUAGUCUUAAAGGAAUUCCAGUCAAGUUGGGAGGCCAAAAUCUCCUCAGAUUCAAAAGCAGACCAAGCAAGCCUACGAAAGAUCGUUUCAACUACAUCAUUGAUCAGAUAGAGCCAUUGUUACUAGCUCGCUUGAAGAAGACUGGAAAGCGAGUUGGAUCAAUGGCAUUUCGAACAAUGAUACUCGGGACAAAUGAAGAGGACGCCAGUGAGCAUAUUGUCGUGCUUUGUCCCAACCAGCUGUUGGAGACUUUCAAUGACUUCUUCGAUAAGAACAAGAUAAUCAAAGAGUUAUGUGAGCCGACCGAAGAGUCACCGAAAUUCAGAAUCAUCGUUGAGGGUCGAGAACCACGUUUAACGGCGAAGCUGUGGCACUCACUCAUGUCAAUAGGCCACACUUCCAUCGAUCUUGAGAACCUUUUCAGCCCUCAGAUGUCGAGUGUUUGCGGACGUUCUCUGAGACUCACAAAUGUCCAGAAAGAUGUGAGGGCCGCUACUUUCGGCGUUAUGAUCAAGGUGGUGAACACGGUUGGCCAAAGCAAGCUGUACGGAAUGACGGCCGGCCAUGUCUUCAACGACGAAAACACGACGACAAGCUCUGAAGAGCUGAGCCUCGAAGACUUCGAAAGAUGUAGCUCAAUAAAAUUUUCGCGGGGUUUGGGCUACUACGAUUCCGGAGACAGAGGAAUGUUUCGCACAUGCAAAGUCUUGAAGAAGGACGGAUCCCAAGAGAAAGGCCCGGAUUUCGAUUGGGCAUUAGUCGAAUCUACGGAACUUUUUGGAGUCGGCUCGAAUAGGUGCCCAGUAAAACACACGUCAGGAAGAGCCAUUGAGUACUCCCUCACGACCAAUUUUGGAACUUUUUCGGGGGAUGACACUCAACAGGAGGUUGAGAUGAUUGCAGACGUCGAUGGAAGUAGGCCUGGGCUCCUGUCAAGUGAGCCAGCUAGGGUUUGGUUGGAAACGGCAGAUGCGUUCACGCCGGCGUAUAUUCUCACAUUGAACGACGGCGAGGGUAAUUUUCACAACAUUUCGUGCUAA